AUGUCGUCGGCGAAAGAAGCGUUGCGAUCCGUACUUGCAUUGACUAAUAAGGGCUAUCGUCCCGCGUGUUCGGCGUGCAUUGGAUGGGGCGUUGGAUGCGUCUAUGCGUCGGAUCAUCAGCCCUCAAUGGACUACGGAUUUCCCACCCCCGACAGCACCCUGGGGAUGGACUUGGCCGCAUUUGUCCAGAAUAUGCCCGGCGCUGCAUCGUUUGAUUUUACCCCGGAUCUCGCGCUGACCUCCUCGGAGGCAAAUCAUGGGGUGCCGGGUCUAGAGAGCAACAGUCCAAUGCCGAUGGUGGACCAGCUGCCACUGGCUGGACAGACCGUCCAGCUGAUAGACGAAUUCUUUGUGCGUUGUCAUCCACAGUUGCCCUGUAUUCAUAAGGAGACGUUUCUGGCUCGUACACAAGGGCCAGUACCAAUGCCGCUAGAAUGGGCCAUCCUAGCCACCGCAGCAAGAGCACAUCGCGGCGCGACGGCCCCAUAUCGAGCAGACAUGUUUUUGCAGGCGGCCGUAAAUUCGCUUGCACAAAGUCCUCUUCUUCGAGAAAACGUCUUGAGAGACCUGCAAGCAGCAGUAUGGUGCGUGUAUUCGCUCUACUAUUCAGGAGAGAUCACGAGAGCUGUUAUGCUAUUGGCGCAAGCCUACUCGCUAGCCUGUCUGAACGGACUGGACAGACUGGAUGAGCCCGGUCCGAACGUCCCGGCAACCAUGCACCUCUCCCCCAUAGAGAAGGAAGAAUGCCGAGGAACGCUUUGGGCACUCUUCGUUCUCGACCGACAGAUAAACUACCUCAUGGGCCGCCACUUUGUCAUUGACGAUGUGCGAUGGUGUGUAAACUACCCACUAGAUGAUGCGUCGCUUCAGAGUCAACCUGGAUUGCGCCCUGACUUAGAACCGGAACGAUGCUACAGUAGCGACUUGGCAGCGCUGGCGUGGGAGAAACCCAACAUCGCUAUUGGGACUGCUUUACCUCGUCUAGUCUGUAAGGCCAGCGUCAUGAUCGGCCGCAUCGCAACAUACAAGAGCAUCAACCCCAUGCCUAGCGCCACCCACAGCGCCCAGAAGCGGCAGGCCGACUUCCACGAGCUUCAGUCUGCCCUCGCCUGCCUCUGGGUGUCUCUACCUGCUUGUGUCCACAACGUCUCCGAGGUUCCACCGGGGUGCGUAAACCAGAGCGUGUGGCUGCUGAUCACACUGCACACCUGCUCCACGCUUCUAUUCUAUAUCACAGAUGCGGAGCGCAGGAGUCCCGGCAGUGAUCAAUAUCCCACCGAGCGCGAGAACUUCACCUGUACUUACAAAUCCGUGAACAAAGUCGUAACUGCACUGCGCGCACUGUCGGGCCUUGCAACUGAUGCGAUUCUAAAUCCGAUGCUGGCCCCCUCUUACUUCUCGUGCUGUCGAUUCAUUCUACUACAGUGGCGCCGCUCGCAGCAGCAGGAGUUUCGGUUGGAUCUGGGGCUUGUGCUGAGACUGCUGGAGCAGAUGGCUAAUAAGCAGGCGGGGAUGGCAAGAAUCUAUAAGGAGAUCAUUGAGCAGGAGCUGGGGAGAGACUUGGAUGUGCAGGGUGGAGGUGACCUUGGUCAGGCCCUGGUGAAAACAGAAUACUGCUUCAUGAUCUAA